CGAUCGCAGCCGCUCUAGGCUGCGCGGCUUGUUUGCCCUCAGCCCCACCCCCUGGAGCACGUGGCACUGGGAGCUAGCUCCCAUUGGCCCGGCUCCGUCUCGGAGGCGGGGCUAGCAGCAGUGAACCGGCAGCAGGCCUGUGCCGGCUCAGUCCUUCCCUGACCGAGCAGAAGGAAGGACGUGCUGCUGCUCGGCUUCGGGGCCUCCACGUGGCCGGCUGGGUACCCGAAUCGGAAGCCGGAGCAGGAGGCCCACGGGAGCGGAACGUCGGGGAGCAGUGCAGCGGCCCUUCGAGCGAGCAGCGGAUUGGAGCGGCUCGGCGGCCAGGGCCUCUGUAGCCCGGCCGCCUGUGGUAACGGGCUCUGGGGGGAUCACAGGAGAGGCUUUUAAGUCCUCCUCGGAACGGCCUUUGAUCUUCGGGCCUCUCCACACAAGGGCUUCUAGGCCCCGGCAGGCCCAAGCUGCCCGGCAUCGAGUGAGGGCAGCAGGCCGCCCCAGGCCCUCAGUAGGCCGCGCCAGGCCUUCAGCGGGGGGGCAAUUGACUAACCCGGUCAUCUGGGGGGAGGGUUGAUUGGACGUUGGGGGUGUUGGCUUGAACUGUGUGGAACCCCUUCAACCCAGGGCCCGUUUAGGCCUUCUGCUAAGGGCGGCCUUUGCCUUUAUUGUCGGGCCUGUAGGGCCUAACCCCCCACACACACCCAUUUUGGGGGCCUGCAUUGACUAGGCCUCCCUGGUGGGCUCGUGGGCCUCCCCUGCUGGGCCUAAGCUCCAUUUGGGGGCCUUUCAGUGGGGCUGGGCCUUACCACGGCUAGGUGGGGCAGGCGCUGUGACUCAUAGGCCUUCCUUGCCAGCGUAGGCCUCAGUCAGGCCUUGCGCCGGCCAGGUCACUCGUUUACGCACUUGAGGGCAGGGUACAGGCCCAUAAGCUUCAUCCUUUGGGACAUGGGCCCUAAGAAAGCCCCAGUUAAGAAAGCCCCAGUUAAAAAGGGUGGGAAGGCUCCAGCCAAGAAGGGUGGCAAGCCAACGCGGCCACCUAAGAGGCCAAACGCACCCGCCGAAUCCUCCGACGAUGAGGGCGAUUUGGAACUGGGCGCCAUCAGGGCGUUUAUAGCACAGCUGCAGGCCCUUGAGAGGCAGCGCACCACUCUAGAGGGCGACGAGGCAGGCGGGGGGCCUUCGGGGGUGCCCCCACAUGCAAAAAAGUCAAACAGGGCGGAAAAGAAGGCAAAACUAAUGCAGGGCUUUGCUGACCGACUAGCAGCUUUGGAGGCGGCGGGAACUGCCCACGAGGAACCAGCGGGGAUCACGACACAACCGGCGGACUCAGGGCCGGGAGACGGCAGGGACGACAAUGAUGCAGCGCUUCCGGAAGCUGGCACCUGGAGCUGCCAAGGAGCCCGAGCAGGGCCUCAGUCGGCUGGGCCGAGGGCGGCUGGGCAACGCGCAAGAGUCCUCAUACUGGGCCAUUCCUUCAUUUUCUGGGCACGCAAGUGGGCGCAGAGCGCCGACCCUGGAACCCAGCUUGGUUUGGGGCGUUGGGCCACUGUGGAGUGGCUUGGCCGGCGGGGCUUGCGGAGGGCCCAGUUCCUGCCGAUGCUGCACGAGUUCCUGGAAGGGAAUCCUGUCCCGGAUGUCCUGCUGCUGCAUUUUGGAGGCAACGACCUGGUGGAGCAGUCUGGCAUUUCGCUCUCAAGACAGAUUGCCCAGGACCUGGUGGUCGCCUUCUCCUGGUGCCCGGGGCUGGUGGUCAUCUGGUCUGACAUCACUCAGCGGCGAGUCUGGAAGGGGGCAGUGAAGCAGAACAAGGAUUGCAACUGAGACCAAAGACGCCACAGGAGCAUCCACCAGAGGCACUCAAAGCUGAGCAGAUAUGUCAUUAGGACGUACAGGACAUGCAUCUGUCAAAAUGAAUUAUGCCUCCUGUGAAAAGUUAAAACAGGAAUAUAAUUGUUCUCCCUAUACACAGUGACAGCACCAGAGGGGGAAAAAUGAAGGGGGGCACAGAAGGAGCGAAGUGCAUGUAUGGGGAAUCCUGCAUGAAUUAUCGGCCUAACGAAUCAUUCCAUUUCAUGAUGUGGGCCUUUAAAACCAAAACUCUGCUCUUGAAUAUCCCAUCAUAACAAGAGUCCUGUUGAAUCAAAGCAAAGAUGCUUCUGUUUCCAGAUGCCUUCAAGAAGUCUACAAGGAAGGCAUGAAAGCAACAACCUUCCUCUGCACCUGGUAUUCUGGUCUACUGGUUCCAAACAUUAUCCCUUCCUUACAGAUUUCUUACUGAUGAAUGAUUAUUUUUAUCGUAAUUAUCAGUUUAAUGCAGUAGUGUAUCUAUGGGUUUACUUUUUCAAUCUCUGAUUUAAAAAUUAACUCAGUUUUGGAAGAUGAUAUUUAUCCUAUAAGCUUGAUUCCUUUGGGGGGAUGUCUGCAACAGCUGCAUCUGCCAUUUCAUUUCGCCUUAAUACCCUCGUGUCCUAGAAUCCAGAAUAAAACAAAUGUUGAUAUCUUGCUCAAUGCACACACACUGCCUUGUAUUAUGCUAUAGGUUCUGUACAACCAUGCAUAAUUCUCCAGACAAGACACUGUUAGUAAAUUUCAAAGGAAAGCCAUUAGACUAGUAGUCUGCCUCCAUAAUCCACCCUAGAAAUAAUGAAAAUUCCACACUGAAUACUGACAAAUGGUCUAAGAUCUUCUAAGCCUUCUUAAUGCUGAACUGCAGAAUAUUAAAAUCCUGCAGAAGCGAUGACAGCUGAUGUAUGGAACCAUCGGGGGGGGGGAGUAUGAAAAUUCCACAACAAAUGACUCUGUAAAAACUCUCUCUCUCUCUGUGUAUGCACAUGUUGUUCUCAUUAAGAGCUAUUCUAAAUUAUGCAGAAUGAUGUGGAAAACUGAUGGUAGAAUUCCAGACUGUUCUACUUCAGACUGAGUGAGGCGUGUGUGUGUGUGUGUGUGACGUUUUUGAAUGCUCCCCUAGGUAAAAAUGUUCCCUCUGCAUGCAGUGCACGGGCAUUAGGGACUUCUCCUGCUCCUCCUCUUUUUGAUUUGCCACAAGCCCCAGUGCAAAAUCAUUAGUGCACCCCACCUCACCGCCAAGCUGUCAGCAACUGGCGCACUCCCUGCCAUACCAUUCAGAGGCUGCGGGGACCCGUUGAGCACUGCUGGUUUUUAAAUUUUGUUUUUGCUGCUGUUUUUGUUUUGGGGCCCGGGCCCCGCUGGCUGGCCCUUUCAUCACCCUCCUCCAGCACCGGGGCUUGGUGAGGCAGGACAGGUGGGCUCCCCCAGUUAGGUUGCCCAGGCUGCCACUCCUCUGGCCCCUUUGCGGCGAGCGAGCAGAAAAGAUAAAAAUAAAAUUAUUUCGUGAACAGAAAGGGGCUCUAGAAAUCAAGAAAGCAUCACACACUGUGAUUUGAACUGUCCACACCACGCCGCACUGCAACACUUAAAAAACAGAGCAAGCCUCCUAUGACGGAAAAAUACAGCUACUUUCCUUUACAACGUUGCAUUUACAACGUUGUAGGGGGAAAACGCAUCAAUAAAAUCCAAAACAAGGCAUGGGAAAUAUGGAUGGCACCCUGUUGACAGUGCAGCAAAUGCGAUGUCAAAGCGCAGGCAAUACGGACAGGCACUUAGCGGACAUGUUGCGAAUCUGUUGCAGCGCGUAAUCUGGAAAAUGCCCUGGUGUGCUAAUUUUCUCCAUGCAAGGAGGACUUGAACAAUUCAGUCCCUCAUCUACAGUCUGAAGUGUUGUUGCCCAGAAUUCAAUUGCCUUAUUCUAAUUUAUUUAAAAUAUUUGUAUCUCACCCUUCCAGUGCUAUAUGCAAAUAUGCUAACAUUUGUUGUUGUUAUAUAGCUCAGGGCAGUUAACAAAUGUUUGUAUGUUUGUAUGUAUGUAUCUAACACAUUUAUAUAACACCUAAAACAUAUUCUAUGGGUGGUUUACAAUAAAAACAGUACAAAUUAAAACAGAAUUAAAACAUCAUUAAAAAAAUUUACAAUUUAACACAGUGUUAAAACUGUUAAAAACUAUUAAAAACUGUAAAUCUAAUUAAAUGCCUGGGUGAACAAAUGAGUCUUAACUACCUUUUGAAAAGUUGUCAGAGAUGGAGGUGCUCUUAUUUCAACAGGGAGUGCAUUCCAAACCCUUGGGGCAGUAACAGAGAAGAUCCCACCCAGAGUAGCCACCAAAAAAGCUGGUGGCAAAUGAAGAUGAACCUCUCCUGAUAAUCUCAAUGGGUGUUGGGGCUCAUGUCGAAGAAGAUAUUCUCUUAAAUACCCAGGGCCUAAGCUGUUUAGGACUUCAUAGGUUAUAACCAGCACCUUCUAUUUUGCCCAUAAACUUAUCGGCAGCCAAGGUAUUUCUUUCAAUAUUGGAGUAGUAAUAAAGUCAUCUCUCCAGGAUGACCCAGAGACCAACCUGGCUGCUGCUUUCUGUACAAACUGCAGUUUAUAGACUAUGUACAAAGGCAGCCCAACACAGAGUGCACUGCAGUAGUCAAGUCUGGAGGUUACCGGCAUAUAUACCACUGUUCUAAGGUUGUUUAUCUCAAGAAAUGGAUGCAGCUGGCAUAUCAGCUGAAGCUGAUAAAAGCACCUUUGGCCACCUCCUCAACCUGGGACACCAGGGAGAGGUUAGGGAGAGACAAUAAAACUAAUAAAACAAUAUAAAAUUAACAAAAAUUGAAAUUUACGACAAAGGAAAAUAAAGCAAGUAUUAUUUAUAGAGAAAUUGAGACCAGAUAUUAAUGCUUGGAGGCACUGGCUGAUGCUAUUAGGUUCAUUAGCCUUUGAGAAAAACCAGGUGAUUCCCUUUCUCCCCCAGCCCCCGCUUCCCUCAUUAUAUAUCCACCAGUAACAGAACAGAACAUUAUCAGGUCUAUGGAAUUUAACAGCUGGGGGAUGGAGGAGGUUUUUAUCUGUGCACAUCUGUUUGUUUAGCUGAUGAUGGUGUGUUACACCAAAACAUCUAUUAUUUUAUUUUUUGUAUACCAUCUUUAAUUUCUUUUUGUGUGAUACAGGUCCUUUGUUGAGAGUUGAGAGUUAUUAUGCACAUUGUAUCACCGACAUAUCAACUUAUAUGAAUAUAAAAUUAAUAAAUUCAGUUCAAAACAAGAUCCAAUUAAAACCAGUUACAAAAUAAAAAUGUACUAGAAACAGGGAAAGAAUAAAAACUAAAAUACCUCUCUAAAAAGAUGGGUCUAAGUAUCUUUUUUAAAAACCCUGGGGGAGGGGGCAGGGCAAAGCUUAUCCAGGAGGGCAUCCCAAAGCUAAGAGGCCACAACCAAACAGACCCUGUCUUUGGUCCCAGCCAAGCAGAUCUCAGUCAACGAUGAGCAGGGCCUGAGAUAUAGAAUGGAGGGACCUGGCAGGUUCAAGUGGGAAAUUGUAGAUUCUUAUAUUUGUUGGACCUUCUUAUGGAUCCUUCCCACAAUGGUGGAAAUACGAAUCUGCAGUUUUAGAAAGCUGCACUCUUGAACAGUUUUAAUUCAGAUCUUUUCUGCCCUGCAAUGAUCCAAACCUGGAAUAGGACUUCAUAAGAACUAAAAAUCAGGAAGUUUAGAUGUUGCUGUAUAGAAUCUAAGACAAAAGCAAGGGGUACUAUCUAUCUAUCUAUCUAUCUAUCUAUCUAUCUAUCUAUCUAUCUAUCUAUCUAUCUAUCACAUUUUUAUACUGCCCAAAAUGCGAAUUCUCCAGGUGAUUUACAAGACUAUAAACACCAAUAAAAAGAGUAACACAUUAAAAUUUAAAAUGUUAAAACUAUUAAAACACAGUUAAAACAAUGUCUAAUUAAAAGCCUGGGUGAACAAAUGACUGGUAACCAAUUCAGCUGCCGUAGAAUGGAUGUGACACUCAUGAAGUGACGUGCCUAUGAGCAUCCUUGAAGCAGCGUUCUGGACCAGCUGAAGCUUCCAAACCAUCUUCAAGGGCAUCCCCAUGCAUAUCUCAUUACAGUAGUCCAAUCUGGAUGUCAUCAAAGCAUGAGUGACUGAGGUCACAUCCAAAUUCUUCAAGUAGGGUAGCAGGUGGCGUACCAGCCAUAGCUGGUAAAAAUUUAUGGCUAUCAAAUCAAAUUUGAGCAGGUUUGGUGUCUUGGAAAAGAUGAGGAGGCAGAAAUACAGUUCAAAGGUCUUAUUUAAGGGUGAAAUGGGGGUACAGAAGGCAAGAGUUUGGUUAGGCAACACAAUCAAUCUUGGCUGAUAUUAUAACUAUGAGUCUUAGUAGAAAUAAUUUAGCUAAAGUCCUAAUUGAGAGUAAAUCAAGUUGGCUAAGGCUCUUAGACCAGAGCCUGGCUUAAGGCUUGCCAUGAAAAGUGCUUGAGAACUGGAGAGGGAGGAAGAGAAGCAGCAAGGAAAUUUAGAAAGGCAAGAGGUUAGUUUACCUUCCCAGGUAAGUUGGUGUGCUCGUUGCACAUUGGCAAGGAAGCUCAUCUCGCUGAACCAGGCAGGAAAGUGAAGAAGAGGAGUGGAGGGCUACAACGUGCAUGUAUGAGAGUCUGUAGGAUAGUGAUCCAAGCAGAUUCUGAGAGCAUGUGCUUUGACUGGAGGUAGAUAUAACUUGAAACAUGCCCUGAGGCCGUUUCCAAGCCAUUCUGCUUACCCGGGGGUGGCAGAUUUCAUGAAAGAAAGAAAUCUCUUGCCAUUCAAACUUAAUUAUUCUGACAGUAGCUUGCCCAACAAAGGCAAGAGGAAGCUAUGUAAAUGUGAUGUACAUGGUGAAUAGGACUGUACUUGGUUUACUAUCUUAAGACCAGGUGUAGAAAGAUUUCACAUCUAUAGUUUUUAUGAGCCUCUCCACUGAGUCCUUGCCAGUUAAUUGUUAAUUCAGAACAGGUUUGGGAAUAUGCCACUUUAUCUGUGUUACUCCCAAGUACUUCUCUUUUAGAUGAGGUGAUCCCUCCCGUUGGUGAAUUGCCUUUGAAGUAGGGUCUGAAUAGCCUGGUGUUCCUCAUUAGUGAGGUACAAGCUGGUUUCAGUCAGUCUUAGAUCUGAAGGCAAGCUGCCAGCAUAACGUGUGUCUAUCCACCCAUUUUGAGCCAAGAGCCAAGUUAUCUUGACUAGUCCGCGUAAAGUGGGUACUAGGAUCAUGAACCCAUGAUCCAGAGUGAUUAAGAUAUUUGAGUAGAGGGGUGCUCUCUGUGUUACCCCAAAAUUUGGCUUGCUGGCAACAAGCUUCAUCACCUAGUGCAAAUUAUUAUUUAUGUGAAUCAACAGCCCUUGUGAGAGUCCACCUUAGAUCAAAGCAUAAAUGCUGUCUUUAUUCAGGUUCUGAGCUUGCAACCUCAGGAUUGCCAUCUUUCUUUCCUGACCAAGGCUCUUUGUAUUUACAUCUGCUUGAUGGACAUUCAUUCAACAUGUAUAAUUUUCCUUGCAUGUCAGUGCUGCAGAAGAAAACUGAAUCUAUUGAACUUCUGCAUUUUUCUAGCUGAUUCCCUUAUAAACAUGAAGUAGUCUUAUGUUGGUUUAACUAAGACUUUAUUCAGAAACAAUUCCAAUUUUCUCCUUCUCCUAUCUCUCCCUUUUCUUUCUGUCUCUACCUCCCUCCCCUACUCGGGUCUACAGGAUCCCCACUGGGACAAACUUCUAAAAACACAAAAUAUAAAAGACUACUAGAUAGCAUGCAUGUUAUGCAGUGGUUAAAAGUGGUUAAAAUAAUUAACCAAAGGGGGAAAAUGCAAUAUCUAAUAAUCAUUUGCCUAAAAAGUGUUUGUUUCAUUCUAGCUUCACACCUUUAGCAAAGAAGGAAAAAGUAAUAUUGGAUUUAUUGACCCAAUGGAUUUCUUAAAUUAUAAUAAGAAUAGAAUCAUAAAUUGAUCUACUGCGUAAUGUUCUGCGCACCUUGAAAUAUAAUAUUUACACACUUGCGCUAGAGCACUGUUGUGCUGAAUGCAAGAACUGUGCAAACACAAUGAUUAUGCAAUUGAUAGCCCUUAUUUCUUGUUUAGUGCAACUGUGCUAACAUUAUGUUGCAGGGUGCACAUAACAUUGUGCAGUAUGUAAGACAUUGCUUGUUAAAUGGUUGCAGCCAUCUCUCACUCCUGCCCCCCGCUUUUAAAUAGACUUCUAAAAUAUCCAAUCAAUCCUUUGAGUUAACUGCACUCUUUGAAUAUUGGUUGUAAAGCAGAGCUGAACAACUUCAGCUUUCCUGCAGAUGUCAGAAUACAACUCAGGAGAGGAGAGCUGGUCUUGUGGUAGCAAGCAUGACUUGUCCCCCUUAGCUAAGCAGGGUCUGCCCUGGUUGCAUAUGAAUGGGAGACUUGAUGUGUGAGCACUGUAAGAUAUCCCUCUUAAGGGAUGGAGCCAUUCUUGGAAGAGCAGAAGGUUCCAAGAAGCAUCUCUAAGAUAGGUCUGAGAGAGAUUCCUGCCUGCAACAUUGGAGAAGCCGCUGCCAGUCUGUGUAGACAAUACUAAGCUAGCUAGACCAAUGGUCUGACUCAGUAUAUGGCAGCUUCCUAUGUUCCUAACUCCCACCAUCUCUGACUAUUGGCCACUGUGGCUGGGGGUGAUGGGAGUCCAGCAACAGCUGGAGGGCUAAAGUUGUGCAUCCCUGCUGUAAA